CGCACGCGGAGCCAAUAGCAGGCCUCUGAUUUCGUGAAGGCCCGCCCACAGAUAAAGACAUCUCUCUGAGGUAGAAAGUGACAUUCUCUGGCUGACUCACUGCUGUCUUCUGCUGGCCACCUGCGCACCUGGUCCAGUCAACAUAACAUGUCCACCAUGGCGUCAGCAGCAUUAAAAUCAGUCCUUAGGACGAAGGUCCCCUUUAAAGUCGGCCGUAUGUGCUACUCGUCCUCCUCAGUGCCCACUACCAAACUGUUCAUCGAUGGGAAGUUUGUUGAAUCCAAAACGUCAGAGUGGUUGGACGUUCACAAUCCUGCUACCAACGAGGUAAUUUACCGCGUGCCCAAAGCCACUCAGCAGGAGAUGUUGACCGCCGUAGACUCAUGCUCCAAAGCCUUUCACUCCUGGUCCGAGACCUCCAUCUUGACUCGGCAGCAGGUCUUCCUGCGCUAUCAGCAGCUUAUCAAGGACAACAUUAAAGAACUUGCCAAGUCCAUCACAGUAGAGCAGGGAAAGACCCUUGCAGAUGCAGAGGGGGAUGUGUUCAGGGGACUGCAGGUCGUGGAGCACGCCUGCAGCGUCACCUCUCUGAUGCUCGGUGAAACCCUGCCCUCCAUCACCAAAGACAUGGACACUUACACCCUCCGCCUGCCCCUCGGGGUGUGCGCCGGCAUCGCGCCCUUCAAUUUCCCCGCCAUGAUCCCUCUGUGGAUGUUCCCCAUGGGCAUGGUGUGCGGCAACACGUACCUGCUGAAGCCGUCGGAGCGCGUGCCCACUUGUGCCAUGCUGUUGGCUAAGAUGCUGCAGGACGCCGGCGCUCCGGAUGGAACGCUCAACAUCAUCCACGGCCAGCACGACGCUGUGAAUUUCAUCUGUGACCAUCCAGCCAUCAGGGCAAUCAGCUUCGUUGGCUCAAACCAAGCUGGGGAGUAUAUUUAUGAGAGGGGUUCUAAAAAUGGCAAACGGGUCCAGUCCAACAUGGGAGCCAAGAACCAUGGUGUGGUGAUGCCUGAUGCCAACAAGGAGAAUACUCUGAACCAGCUUGUGGGCGCUGCGUUCGGGGCUGCGGGUCAGCGUUGCAUGGCCCUGUCUACGGCCGUCCUGGUGGGUGAGGCGCGGAGCUGGCUGCCGGAGCUGGUGGAGCGUGCCAAGGCGCUGCGCGUGAAUGCAGGCGACCAGCCUGGGGCAGAUGUGGGGCCUCUGAUCUCUCCCCAGGCCAAGAACAGAGUCUGCAGCCUGAUCCAAAGCGGUGUGGACGAGGGAGCGAAAGUGCUCCUGGACGGCCGAAACGUCAAAGUCAAGGGCUACGAGAACGGCAACUUUGUGGGACCCACUGUCAUCAGCAAUGUCACACCUAACAUGAAGUGCUACACCGAGGAGAUCUUCGGGCCUGUGCUGGUCGUUCUGGAGGCCGACACUCUGGAUGAUGCCAUCGGUUUGGUCAAUAAGAACCCCUAUGGCAACGGCACAGCGAUCUUCACCACAAACGGCGCCACUGCACGCAAAUACACUCACGAGGUGGACGUGGGCCAGGUCGGAGUCAAUGUCCCCAUCCCUGUCCCACUGCCAAUGUUCUCCUUCACUGGAUCGAGAGGGUCCUUCAGAGGGGACAUGAACUUCUACGGGAAGCAAGGCAUCCAGUUCUACACACAGAUCAAAACAGUAACCUCACAAUGGAAGGCUGAGGAUGCCACCUUGAAAACUCCUGCAGUCACUAUGCCUACGAUGGGACGCUAAACACACCAUCCAAGCGCUGCUGCUGAAUCUGAAAAACCACAUAAUUGCCUUCUUCCACACACAAAACAGACUAUGUUCAGUGUGAAUAUUUCAUAAAUAUAAGUUAUACAUGAAUAUUAGCCCUACAGAAGACUGAGUGUGUAAAUAGAUUCUGUGCAAGUCCACACAUUCUCUACUGCCAAGGUUUUAACAGUGUAAAGGCUCUGUACAGAUGAAGUAUUAAAACUCUGGUGUGCGUACCA